AUGAAAAAGCGCAAUUUGCUCCCGCGGCCCCUUUGGCGGUUGAGGGGCACUGACCCCCCUCCCCCCCACACGGCCCACACCCGCCCAACACUGCGGUUCAACCCUGUCGCCCGUCGCUGUCCUCUCCCUGUCCUGCACGCCCGCACGCCUGCACAGCUCGAGCCUUCAUUUCACUCUCCUGCCUGUCCAACUCUCAACUUAUCCUCAUCCACCCUCCUAACCCCUUCUAACCACAAACCCACAUCCAUCUCGACGCUUCCCCCGCAGUCGACCCCCCCACCCUCGUUGAUCCCCUCAGCACAUACGGCAGAGACGACAACAAUGUCCAACGCCCAGUUCCUUCGCGAGUACCGACUCGUCGUCGUCGGUGGUGGUGGUGUCGGCAAGUCCGCUCUCACCAUCCAGUUCAUCCAGGCCCAUUUCGUCGACGAGUAUGACCCCACCAUUGAGGACUCGUACCGCAAGCAGUGCUUCAUCGACGAGGAGGUCGCCCUUCUCGACGUCCUCGACACGGCCGGCCAGGAGGAGUAUGGAGCCAUGAGGGAGCAGUACAUGAGGACGGGCGAGGGCUUCCUUCUCGUGUACUCGAUCACCUCGCGCAGCUCGUUCGAGGAAGUCUCGACGUUCCACCAGCAGAUUCUCCGCGUCAAGGACCGAGACUACUUCCCCGUCGUCGUCGUCGCCAACAAGUGCGACCUCGAGUACGAGCGCCAGGUGCAGCCCCACGAGGGCCGCGACCUCGCCAAGCGCUUCGGCGCCCAGUGCAUCGAGACCUCGGCCAAGCAGCGUGUCAACGUUGACGAGGCCUUCGUCGCUGUCGUCCGCGCCAUCCGCCGGUUCCAGCGGGAAUCCGGUCCCGGCCCCGCCAAGCCGCCCGCGCAGCAGGGCCAGCGCCCCACCGCCGGCGUCGGCGGCCGCCCGCAAGAGAAGGACACUGACGAGGUGUCGGGCGGCUGCUGCUCGGGCUGUGUCGUCCUCUAA